GAUACAACCGUCCGAGAUCGGAUUAUAUGGCGCGUGACUAUGGAUUGGAAAGAGUCAUAGAUAUGUUGUUGUGUACGCAAACACGAAUCCAAGCUCAUAGAAAAUGCGAAACUGUUUCACUCUGUUGUCGUAAAAGACAGUCGUUAUAGUAUUCACAUAUAGGGGCAACUAACCCCUCAUCAUCUCCGCUAUUUCUGACCAAGCUGUCUUUUCCGUUCCUCCUUGAUCUCCAUCAAUAAUUGUGAAUCACAGACGAAGUAAAUGAAUUUCCAUUUCAACCCGCAAGCCCAUGACAUUCCCUUAUAAAAUGACCACCGCAUCUUUACCCGACAUCAGUGAAUACCGUGGCGCAGUCCGCUCAUCUGCUUUCCAUCCCUCCGAAAGUACUGAUUCACGAGCCACUGUAUCUGCACCCGUACUUACACCUCGGUCUCUAUAAGAAGGAGUUCAGAUGGCUUAAACUCCAUGCAACUUCCAACUUCCUUACACCAUCAGAACUCCGAAUAACGUUAACUCUCAAGCAAGUUGCUUUCAAUAACACUUCUUAAUAUCAACAAACAACACACUGACUUACCUUUCUUAUCUUUAUCUUUAUAUUCUGCUUCCUCUCACAUAUCUUAUAUCUACCACCACAUUUUGUGACACCAAAAACAUGACUCACGGUUCAGACACAAUGUCACUUCCUGACAACAUCUUCUGCUGCGACUGUUGCACAGAAGUCGAUACUCGACACUCCGACAAACCUUAUCAUGAUCCUAACAAGCACUUUCACAAAACCAUCUACCAGUCAUUCCUCAAUUUUGCAGCCCGAUUGUCGGCAACCAAAGAUCACCUUGAAAUGAUCCAAGCUCGCGAAGAUGUUGAACGUCAACGCCAGGCUGCUCAGAUUUGUGCAGCAGUCAUCUCGGAUCGAGAGGAAUCGGAUCUUAUCUCAAUGACGCUGUCGGACUUGAUCCGAAGUUAUAAUCCUGAUUACAGAAAGGCUAAUGUAGCCCCCCCUGCUUCAUUGAUUUCCACCAAAUCUCCUACUCCUCCAUUAGCAUUCAAUAGUGCAUUCAGGUUACCCUCUUCUCCUCCAAUCUCUCCUUGCAUCACACCGGUCAGGCCCAUCUUAACCCAUAAACGCUCAGGCUUUCGCUCUUUAUCAAAUAACAAUGCGGUAUUUGACACAGAUCUGAUGACGCCGCCACCUUCACAACCAUCUUCAAAGCCCAACUCUAAGGAGUCAUCUUUUUCCUCCGGGAUUGGACAAUCUUUCGUGGAAUUGCUUAGAAACAAACCUAAUUCUCCCCCAUCAUCGGGGAUCCCAAAUCUCGGAUCAAGCAUCACCGACUCAAAGAUCCCCGAGUGGAGAUCCCGUGUGACAAUGCAAGCCAUGCAACCCCUUACGCAGUUCUCCACUCCUCUCGCAACAUCCCGUCUUGGAACAUCUCCAAAUUCUCCUUGGGCAUUUGAGCCAACUCUCUCUCCAGCUCUCAACGAAACGUAUGGGUCAUUUCAGUCUUCGAUAGACACUGAGAUGUCGGGGCCGCAUCAAUCCCUAACUUUCAUUAGAAAUCUUGGACCACCCCAGUUAUCACCUUCCUUCAAACCUUUCGCCGACAUUUCUUUCGAUGAUUUCAGAACCGUCCACGUACCAUAUUGGACACAAACAGAACCAGAACCUUUCGUUCCUCAACAAGUUCUUUCUCCGUCAAACUUAAUUAACAAUCCACUCAUCACCAACCCUCCCCCAACAUACGUGAUUCAUAUCACUUCCCGUCAAGACUACGGCAAAACUGAGUCUCAUCGAUAUUUUGUCUGUCCCACAGAUCUAACAUCUGACUGGCCGGAAGUCAGUCUGCUCCAAUGGUUUGCAGCUGGGGUUGGUUAUGACGUCAAGGCCGAGAAAUGGGACCAUAAAUGUUUGCAACAUCAAAGAUUCUUCCGAAUGGUCUUGAGACCCAAUUUAGCGAUGCGGGAAUGGGGUUUGGGUAGACCAUUAGAGGAGCUGCAAGCCGAAUUAGCAAAGCUGAAUGCAGCUGCAACACCGGGAGGUGUAUAGAUUUGAGCCAUGGAUGUUCGCGUACAUAAUUUUUGGGAUUCUUGGCUAUUAGCGAAAGUCGUUGGAUUUUUCUUUUUGCGGAAUAUUUGAAUCUGACAGAUGAUGAAUGGAAGAACUUGGAGGAGUCAAUACAAGGAGAAUUGAAACAGCGUUGCUGGCGAUGCUUUUGCGGCUCAGAUGAGUCUACCUUGGAGUAAUAUUUGUAUUGGGCUUCCGUAUAGAUAGACUAUCCGCUUAGGUAGUUUUGCAUACUACCAUAUGUUCGAUGGUGAUUGCAAGACCUUGCGGACUAAAGUCCAGAUCUUUGAAUUUGCGCGUUUCUUAUUGCGAUUAGGCAUUUUGAAAAGUAAUGCAAAGCGUUGAAUCUAUUUGGAGUUCGACUUCAUUGUGAUGUGAUUCUGCAGGGUGCUUCCUCGAAACGUGAUAUAGCUUCCUUUUCAUGGAGCGAUAACUUCAUAGUGAAUCAUCUGAAAAUAGUCUCGCUACUCACUCGUAGUUGGUACGUCCCAGAUAGGGUGAGAGAGGAAUAAGAGAUCUUGAACAGCUCAAAUAGAACUACAAGCAAACAAGAGUUCCUAGUAGUGAUAAUUGCAUCGUACCUUGUUCGAUGGCACUUCCUGUAGUCAACAUACGUAAUAACAUUCUCUCACUCCUCACUCACUCUAUUCUCUUCUUUUGAUUUGCAGCAAUGUGGACAUCUAAUAAUAAUAAUACAUAACA